GCAACUCACAAAUGUCACGUUUUCCGCUUCUCGGAUGCAUCGCCUUCGCUCUUCUCUCAUCAAUCUGACCGCUUCGUUAUUUUCUCACAAAUUUUUAAACGCCCACCUUCAUUUUCUGCUCUUCCUCAUCCCAACCUCUGCCCAGAUUUCUUGAUCCCAUUUCCUAGUUUCAUCCAAUGUCUGUAAAUAUGGCUUCUUUAGCCGUCUCUUCCGCUAAGACCUCCGCCCUUUUCGGUGCUGCUUCCUACCAGUCCCGCCCCCAGCUUCCGCAGCAUAUAAGCUCCGUUUGUUUUCUGCCUGGUUCCAGAUCGCUCCCUCGCCAUCAGGGUGUCUUGAAGAUUUCUGCGCAGCUCAAUGAGGAUGGUGCGGUUGAGAAAUCUGGCAAUUCAAAGGUUAUUGUUGAGGAAGAAGUUCCCCAGGCUGAAAAGAAAGUAUCGGAUGCUUCCUCCAUUUCAGUUCUCCUGUCUCAAGCAGUGAACCUUGUUAAGCUUGUGGAUUCAAAGGACAUUGUGGAAGUGAAAUUAAAGCAAAUGGAUUGUGAAAUCCUAAUAAGGAAGAAAGAAGCAGAAACAUUACCAGAGACGAACAUCAGGGCUGCUCCUGUUUCAACGGGGCAGCCCUCUUUUCCUCAGCCAAUUGCCCAGCCUCUGAUGGCACCUGCUUCCCCUUCCCCUUCCCCUUCCCCUCCCCCUUCCCCUGCCCCUUCACCUGCUGCAGCUCCUGCACUUCCACCACCUGCAGCGGCAAAACCAAAGUUAUCUGGUUCACAACAGAAAUCUCCCAUGGCUGGAACGUUUUACCGCGCUCCUUCCCCUGGUGCACCGCCUUAUGUUAAGGUAGGAGACACGGUUAAGAAAGGGCAAAUACUUUGCAUUGUAGAGGCAAUGAAGCUGAUGAAUGAAAUUGAGGCUGAGAUAUCCGGGACAGUUGUUGAAAUACACAUUGAAGAUGGAAAGCCUGUCAGUGUUGAAAUGCCUUUAUUUACCAUUGCACCCUGAAGAACAGAAAGAAAGCGGCAUAGAUGGAAGGGAAUUUCAUUAUGAGCUCAAGUGGUUCAGCACAAUCGCCCCUAUUCGAUUCUUUAUUAUUUUCAAUGCGGUUGUGCUUGAUGUAUUUUAGAAUAAUGGCGACUAUUUUUUUAUAAUCAAAUAACUUUAUUAAUGAUAAUCACUCUUCAGCAGAUUAACAAUACAAUCAGGAGGCAUCCACAGGUAACAUAUCUCCCCUUUCCCUUGAGUGCAUGCCCCCUCGACCAAUAUGCAUUCGUAAUGUGUUCAAUGUCUUGCAUAAGUCAGUUGGUAAGAGAAAAACAUUGGGCAUACUGUGGCAACUGUUUGAAUAAUAGUUGAGCAGGACUUGCCAUGCUAUAGACAGAAUAUUGAUAUUCCAGUUCUGAAUACACUGUAUAACCCUCUCCUUAAUGUACUCGAAUUUUCCCUUCUUUUUAGUUUUUACGCCCAAUUAAUGACGGCAAGCCCAAAUAUUUACCUCCAUGACUCUCCUCUGAUGCCCCAAGAAUUCUGUUCAAAUGAUCUCUAUCAUCCCAUACAACAUCAGUUGUUAUAUUGUGGGUAGUUCAUGGUGAGCAUCGUGCUCUCACACAGCUGCGUGAAUACUAUUACCUACAACACAAGUAGGUAAACUCGUCUUGAGGAAGACAUCGGUUCAUUGGGGUUGGUUUUAUUCAAGUAUUCCUAUUUACUUCUAUUUAUUUAAUUAAUGCAUGCAGAUUUAUAUGAAUUUUGAAUAGCAACUCUCACAUAUUUUUUUGUCCCGGUUCAACCACACAAGGUGGGGGUGCCGGGGAACACCUCCCAAAUUUAUUAGAAUAAAGUUUGAGAGUACAAGGGUAAAGCAAAACAGGAAAUUUAAAUUACAUAAGCAAUUAAAUUUUUUUGAGGGAAUCCCAAGUGACGCAGAUAUAGAUCUGUUAUAUUUAUUGUGGAACUUGAUUGCUCUCUGCAGAUAAGGUUGGUAAAUUUUUGCAUCCGGCUUAGCUAAUUUAAACCGCUUGAGAGCUGCAGCUAGUGUAUGUGGGGAGUCAAACCUCUCGUCAACCGGAUAAAGGAAGUAAUUUGUUUCGUUUUGGGGUCUUUUUGAGCGGCUUCUGGUGACCAUCGGAUGUGCGGUCCAGCCCACGUCGAAGAAGAGUUGUACACCUUCUGUAUCCUCAUUGGGGGUUCUGAACGAAUGCUGGUCUUUGCUUUUUCUUCAUUUUACCUCCGUGAAGCCUUGUAGGUUUUCCUCAUCACCUAAAACAGAAAGAAUACAUUUCUUUUGAUGUAGUAACUGCAAUAUUGGGAUCCAAAGGAGGAUCCACAUGUCCUGCUGGGGCUUCAUACAGGUAGCCACCGGGGUUCACCACGAUCUAAUGGGGGGACUGCUUUGGUAGCAUCUGUAGUAACAGAGUAAUCAACACGGUCCAAAGCGCAAACUGUAAAGGCAACAUCUAUAGGGAGGGGGUUAAUAGCGGGGGAAGUUCUGGAACCGGGGCAACAGUUUGACAGACUUCUGUAGCAAAAGAGGGAUCAUAUGAACCAUCAAAAGGUGCAUCAUUAAGGACGGUGGCCACUUUCAUAGGGACAACACAAGUAACAGCAUUGGAAGAAUCAGUAAGGGCUUCAAUAAGAGGAGGGCUUCAUUAAGAGGCACAGAAGCUGAAUUUGGAGCAUUAACAUCCAAUUCAGUUUUCUCAAUCACAGGGAUAUUAUAAUUCUCAUCAAAGGCAUCAGAAGCAUUAGGAAUAACAUCAAUAGUGUGAGCAUCAGGAGUUUCCAGACUUAAAACCGUGAGUCCUCAUUAACAAUUGGGACAUUCAAAACAGUAUUUCAAAUCACAGGCGUAACCUGAUUAUCACCAAACUCCUGGGGCGCAAUCAGGCUCUUUAGAAGUUGUUGGGGCAUCACUGGUUUGGUAACCAGUGUCACCAGUGGGCAUGUCAAUGGGCCGGGUCUAGACGCGGACCUGAUCCGAAUCCGACACUUUAUUUGAGGGUAUGGGUCUAUAUUUAUAACCGUUUUCCGGAUCCGGAUCCGAACCCGUUACAUGAUAAAGAAAAUGGGUCAGAUAUGAAUUUUUAAUUUCCGGCCCGUUUUGGACUCGACCUGUGAUGAUAUAAUUAUAGUUAAAAAUUUUACACACACAAUAUACAUAGAAAUAUUUAAACAUUAAAUAAG